AUGGGCUAUGUAUUUAUUUUGCCACAACUAUCUCGCCGAAGCUUCCAUACUUCUAAAGGAAUGAGAUCUGACUUUGCCAAUUCUCGAUUUGCCGACACUUCCAAGCAGGCGCUUCUUAGUCCUUGGUUUCGCCAUCACCUAUUCAUACUUGGCUUUGAUUAUAUAAAGCUCCAGGCCUAUAAGAAAUUGUCAUCUCUUAUUUUUCAAGGUGGAGGUGGCAUUAUAAAGAAUACUGUUUUCGAGAUUUCUCUGUUCGUAAAGAGAGAAUGGGCCACAAACUCGUCUUUGCUCCAACAGGUUGUCCCUCUCAUGACCAUAGAUCCAGCUAUCAACCUGUCAAACUUCAAAUGGUUUUAUGUUUCGAUUGGAUAUAUGAUGCUUACUGAAGAAGAAGCCAGCAUCGAGUCCUUGACUGACAAAGUGGUGGAAUUGUACCUAGAGCUGGGCGGAUCUCACCUCCCUUUGAAUGCUCCUUCCAAUUCCAUAGAAAAUCGCGUUCGUAAAAUAACAAAGCGGUACUAUAAUGCUGUGAAGAUAGACUACAGAAAGUUAUACGAUCCGUUGUAUGGAGAUCGGUGCAUAAGGAUGGGUAAUGACACCGAGCUCAUAAUGUUACCACCACUUCCGCAAAUCAAGUCCAAGCAAUUGUUGGCCAAAGCCCUUCUACAUAAGGAAUUGUACCGUGCAUUUGAAUCUCCGGACCAUUGUGUUUAUCAGAGUUUAGUACAUUAUGGGCUAUCUGUUUCGCCUUCCAUCUUGAAGAUUGUCAAGUACGACUUACUGUUUUUAGAUGGCUUGGGUGAUUUCUUUUUGGCAAAGGAGUCAUCAGAAUUUUUGUACUUGUUCCGCCAAAAGUACCCAUUUUCUGACGAUGAUUCUUUUGGAAAGAAAACAUAUAACUUGUUAAAAACAAUCUUAGCUACUAAUACGUUGUUGCUGAGAUUGGCUAUUGCAUACAAUUUGCAUUCUUCUCUCAAUGAUCCAUUCGUCUCCGACUUGUUUUAUUCCUCUUAUAUUUCAACUAUUUUGAAAAGGACAGAAAACCCUGAUCCCAUGCUUGUUCGUUACGAAGAGGAAUUUGUGGCCGAUUAUUUUGAACAGUAUGUUGGUGCACUUUAUCUUGAACAGCCGCAAGUGGCAAAAGAAUGGAUCAACUCUUUGUUUGAAAGAAUACUAUCUCUGAUCACAGAUUCUUACCGAGUACAAAGCCGCCGAAAGAAAAGAGCCUCGUGUCAUUACGAUUAUAGGGCUUGGAGUGUUGAUAUGAUUGGCAGGUCCAUAUAA